GUGUGUGCGUGCACGCACUUUCUCCUCCUCCUCCUCUACCUCCUCCUGCACCUCUUUACUGUACUUGGACUUAGACAUUAACCGGCUCGCGCGUGUUCAGAAGCACGACUAGAAAAGUGCUCUCCUGUCACUUGGGGUUAAUUAAAGAGGGUCAGCACAAUGACGUCACAACUCCGGAUGGACCUGACCGUGCUGUUUGUGUUGCUGUGUUCUGGUGUGUGUGCGGGUUUUAACUUGGACUCGCGUUUUGCGGUGGUAAAGGAGGGAAAAACACCCGGAAGCCUGUUCGGUCUUUCAGUGGCGAUGCACCGGCAAACCGUAGGGCUCGAGCGCUACCUACUGCUGGUUGGCGCACCAGAGGAGAAAGCUGAGUCUAAGUUGCAGGCUAAUCGGACAGGAGACAUGUACACUUGUCCAAUCACUACAGACCCUAAAGACUGCAUACGGGCAAACCUGAUCAGCUCAGACACUGUUGAUUCGGAAGAUGAUAUAGAGGGAAUGUGGCUCGGAGUCUCAGUAGUCAGUCAAGGAUCGCAAAAUGGCAGAGUGAUGGCAUGUGGUCAUCGCUACAGCAGGAGAAUGGACAAUGGUGCGAACCUGCGCAUGAUCGGGAAGUGUUAUAUCCGGGGGAACGACCUGAAGUAUGACGACAGUGAUAGCCAGUGGCAGUACCGCCAGGAAGUGUGUUCCCCAAAUGGAAACCACUUCAUGGAGGGGAUGUGUAAUAUGGGCAUCUCUGCUACCAUGACAGAAACCGAGGUGAUCGCCGGAGCUCCGGGCUGCUACAACUGGCAAGGUAAUUCAUACGUGGUUUAUAGGAACCCAGAUGACAUGUUUGAUACUCAGACCAUCAAACUUCAAGACAUGAAUACCGGAAACAUCUACAUUGGCUACUCGGUAGGGAAAGACAAAGGAAUCUUAAGCAAAGAUGAGGACACUGUUGUGGCAGGGGCACCAAGAUAUAACAGUAAGGGCUCGGUGUUGCUAAUGAAGGUCAUUACGACUAAGAAUGGCAAUAAAGAGCUGAAGGACUUGAACGUAGCGCUUGAGGGUGAACAGGUGGGCUCGUACUUCGGAAACAGCAUCGCUAUCAUCGACAUCAAUAAUGAUGGAUGGAAGGAACUGAUUGUUGGAGCGCCGUUUUAUUUUAACCGCAGGAGUGAGGAGGGUGGUGCAGUGUAUGUGUUCAUGAAUGAAAAUGGCUCAUUCAAACCCAAAACAAAUCUAAUGUUCACCGGACCGAGCGAGUCGGGUUUUGGCAUGGCUGUGUCUUCCAUCGGUGAUGUCAACCAGGAUGGUUUCCUAGAUUUUGCCGUCGGAGCACCGUUUCACGGCUCAGGCAGAGUCUGUGUGUGGAUGGGGGGAAAAGACGGAGUUUCACCCAAACCAAAUCAGGUCAUUGAGGGGAAGGAUGUAAGUAACGGUGGCUUCAAGACAUUCGGUUACUCCAUCAGCGGUGGACUGGAUGUGGACAGUAAUAACUAUCCUGAUGUUGUUGUCGGCUCUCUGGACGAUCGAGUGGCUUUAUUAAGAGCUCGUCCUGUCAUUCACGUGAAAAAGACUUUGACUGUGACGCCCUCGAUCGUCGACCCAAAUGACUGCAAGUCCUGCAUUAAGGUGGAGGUGUGUUUCUCUUACACACUCAGUACAGGAAAGCCAAAUUUUAAAGAGGACAUAAUUAUGAAGUACACAUUGGAGGCUGACGUGUUGCAAAGCUCGUCCCAAACCCGUGUCCGCUUUGAUGCCAACAACAAAGACGUGUACACUGGGUUUAUUUCAAUGAAGAAACAGCAUUGUGAGGCGCACACACUUGACGUUAUAAAAAUCAUACGUGAUAAGCUGAACGCAGUAGUGUUCUCCCUGAACGCGUCAAUCUUCGAGCCUGAGACUUCUAAUGGUCAGCAGAAGGAGCUUCAGAACCUAAACUCGUUUCCCGUUCUGAGUCAAGGACGAUCGCUCACCGACAAAGCCGAGGUUAACUUUCAGAAAGCGUGUGGAGCUGAUAAUAAUUGUGAAAGUAACCUGCAGAUCAGUGCCACAUUUGCCAAAUUCUCACAAGACGUCCUCCCUGUUCAGGAUGGUCACCUGGUCCUGCAAUAUGACUCCAGCAUCAAGAAACUGCUUCUACUUGUUAACGUGACAAACUUUCCAUCUCCGGGGCGAUUGGCUGAAGAUGCCCAUAACACAGUGUUGAAUGUCUCCAUUUCGUCAUCACUCAGCUACUCUGGCGUCAGAUCCGAGCCGUCCACAGUAAACUGUAAACCUAGAGACAGUUUCAUCCUGUGUGAGUUGGGAAACCCGUUAGCCACUAAUCAGAUGGUCGUCCUUGCGAUCACCUUCGAGAUGACGAUCAUCACGAUCGACAGUCAAGAGAUCAUUUCAACGCUGCAGCUUUCUACGCUGAGUAUACAGGAUGACUUAAUGCCGCUGACCAAAGUGCUGCUAGUGGACUAUACUCUACAGACCUCAUUUCAAGUUAUUCCUCACGAAGUACGGACGGAGUUCAGUGGCCAUGUUAUCGGUGAAUCAGCUAUAAAGAACACCGGUGAAAUCGGGAGUCCAGUGGAGUUCAAAUUUGUGGUGAAUAUAGAUACGGCACUCAAGGGUAACCACGUAUUCUACGUGGAUUUCAAUUGGCCGACAGAGGUGGCAAAUGGAAAGUGGCUCUUGUACGUGGAGGAAAUUACAAUGACAGGAACGUCAAAGCUGCUGUGUAUCCCACCGGGAGAUAUUGUCAACCCACGAAAGUACCAGGUGCUGAAGCGAACGAGCAGUCGGAGGAAGAGAGAUGAACAUAAUGUGGCUCACUUAGAAGCUCUGUCCUCUCUGAACCUGAAGGGUGCACGCAGGAAAACUGACCAUCUGAAUUGUACAUCAGGCACAGCAAAAUGCACAACCUUCAGGUGCUACUUAGACAACAUGAUGACAACGGCGACGGUGACGGUGCGGUCCCGACUGUGGAACAGCACCAUGUUGGAGGAUUACAACAAAGUAAACGUUUUAAUUAGCGGCGAAGCAACACUUAAACUGAAGACAGACAAAACAAUGAACCAUCUGGAUAAUAAAGCCAAUAAUGUCAUGUUCAUCGUGAAGGUGACGUCUCCCAACCAGGAUGAGGUCGAGUACAAAGUUCCCCAGUGGAUCAUUAUCGUCUCUGUGUUGGCUGGAGUGCUUCUGCUCGCCCUCAUCGUCGUGCUCCUUUGGAAGUGCGGGUUUUUCCGGAGAGCGAACACUAGAGAGAUUUAUGAGGCCAAGUCACAGAAGGCUGAGAUGAGGACACAGCCAUCUGAGAAAGACAGACUAACAGAGGAUGAAUGAUGAACAUGCAGACUAGAUUACUGUAUUACUGGGUAAAAAAAAUGCGGGUUUUUCAGGCGGGCGCUUUAUUUCCGGACCAUGCCCAAAUACCAUGGAGUGAAGAUGUGUAGGGAGCAGCGCUUCCUAAUUGAGGAUAUGAGCAAAAAAAAGCACUGGAUUACAAACUGGAGUACCACACGGCAAUGACUCCACACGCACGCACACACACACACACACACACACACACACACACACACACACACACACACACACACACACACACACGCACGCACUAUGUAUAUUUUGAGGUGGCAUCUUCACACAGUAUUACUUGAUCCAUUGUGCAAACUACAUGACUAGAUACAUGCUUCAUUUGAUCUGUUUGGUUGAUUGGUUUAGUGUCAUGAACAGCUUAUAGAGUAUGACACAACAUUAGCUGGAGGAGGGUAAUGUGUGUACCAAAUCACUUCAUUCCUCAGUGUAACAAAAUGUAUUUUGGUAUCACAACACACUGAAGAUUUGAAGGCAUGAUUGGUCAGACAACAACAAUAGUAAUAAUAAUAAUAAUAAUAAUAAUAAUGAGGAUGGCUAUAUGGUUUCUGUUCAAUUUGUACAUUUUAAAAUAUAUUUUACAUUAUGCAUAAAUCAGGCAUGCAGUUUGCACAAUGCUGAAGCACUGACUAUAAGCUUCAGUGCAUCUAACGUUAUGAAUAAAUGGCUGGUGACUCAGGAGGCUGUGCAUUCACACCCCAGCUGAUGCGAGUUCUGUCUUACUGUAUGAGUGUUGACGUGUGUGUGGGUGUGUGAGAAAAAAAUAAAUAACAUCCUUGCAGUCCCUGAUGGCCAUUAUGAGCUCUGUGUUCGCUUAUAGGGCCCUAUUCAGAGCUGAGUACAGUUAUACGUGUUCAUAGACAGCUCGUGCACCUGCCGAAGUUUUCUGGCCUCUAAACACGUGUAUACACUUCUGAGGUUACCAGAAAUGCCCAAAAAAAGCAUUUUUUUUUUAAACCACAAAAAAAAAAAAAAAAAGGAUUAGAUUAUAUUAUUGUAAGAAUGAGAAGACAGAAUGCAGGAAGUCCUGUAUUUCUGUAUUUGAUUAUCUGCUAAUUGUAAAUUUUAAAUUGGGUUUAAUUUAACAGUAUGGCCAUGUUUUUUUUUAAGGGUGAAAAGAGGGAAUAAAAAAAAUUAAAAGUGUAUUUUAUAAAUUAGCACUUGAUUUUAUAAAUUAGCACUUGAACACGAGUUUGUGUGAAUUUUAUUCUAUAUUUUAUAAAAUAAAUGAAUAAACAAAAUAGUGAUUUUAUGCAUAGAGCUCAUUCAUAAUGUAAUCGAUAAAAAUAUGGUCCUUAAAAUACACAAUGUCUGAGAUGUCUUCCAUGAAAAAGAAGAGUUCACGCACCUUAAAAAAAGGCUAAAACAUUAUUCAUUAUUUCAUAGAAAUUAUAUAGUAUCAUAUUUAUUUUUAACCUAGGGCUCCAAUGGCAUUUCAUCGUUGUUGUUCUUUGUGUGUGUAUUUUGUGACUUUUUUCUAACAGCCAAAUGAACUCCGUAAAUUUAGAACUGCUCAUAACCCAGACACGCGUUAUGUCAGUGUUAAAAAAAAUUCUCCCCUGUGUGUUUGCCUCAGCACUGAAUACGGCCCUAUAUGUUGCAAACAUGCAUUGACAUCUCCUUAUCUUUGAGUGUACAGUAUAAUGUUGGAUGAUGUUUUGUUUUUAUUUUGUCUUCACUAAAUCUUUUUCUUUGAGAAUUAGUGGUAAUGGUGUGCUUGUUGAUGUCCUGUCACGAAUCGCAAUAAGAGAAUGAAUGUUAUAUUGUUCUCACGCUAUCCCACUCCAACGAUAACGACGUGGAUAAAACGCUUACUGCAGUUAAUGUGGUGCAUCUCAGUCGGCCCUCUGGUGCCCUAGGUGGUGUAUCAGUAUAUCAUGUACACAAGUUGAUGCACUGGUAAGGACCCUGGCUUACUGAUAACCAAAUUUCUUGUGACAUUUUAAUUUUUUUUUCCCUAUAGAGUCAUGGUGUUUCACACAGGAUCGUACUGUAGGUUAGCUAGUGAAUUAUUUUUUAAUCACUUAAAAGUCGUCAUUUUUUUUUCUUUCCGUUAAUUGUGAGUUUUUUAGGGAGCGAGUUCACGUUCCAGUGCAUAGGUAGGAUUUUACAAUUGAGACAUCUGCGGCUUCCUGAUCAAUGCCCUGACUAUGGAGCGGAAUGAGAUUACAAACCCCUAAAAAAGUACUCGCUUGCUAGCAUGCUAGAACGCUAGCACAAAUAAUAAUCCGAGGUGUAAUGGGCUUGGGUUGGUGUCAGACAGGCAAACUAAUGUGUUAUCAUGCUAACUAAUUGGCCUGCUAAUAGAAAAGUACCCAGUAGCUGCACUGUUGAGUGUCUGGCAUUCAAAACAGCUGCUGUGUGAAGUGAAUAUUAUUAUGUGAGCUAGCCAAGUUCCUAAGUGGCUUGCUUGCUAAAGUGCUACGGCGUUAAUUAGCAGGUGGACAAGGGCGAAUAAAAGCAAAUAUUGGAACGGAGCCCAGAUUUGUCUGUGAUGUGCCAUAUUCCAGGUAUAUUUCAUGUCUGAAAAACUGUUUUUUGGAGGAUAAUUGCCUUAACUUUACUUUGUCGUGUCUGAAAUGUCUUUGCCUGUUUUUGUAUAGUCUAACAGCAAUCGUACAGAAUGUGUGCUAUAUUCACUGCCAAAAAAAACAACAACGAUGUUGUAACUAUGACCUUUUUUCUGUAAAAAUGGACUUUACUGUAUGAUCUAUGUUGGUAAAUAGCCUGAAAUCAACAAAUCACUCUUCUAUUUGACCUAAAGUAGGAAGAAAAAUCUGCAUUUUGUAUUAUGAGUUAUUUUUAUAUUUAAGAUCUUUUGUAAAUAACAUAAAGUUGAAAGAUUUGUUUGACUUCUUGUUUUUGCAUUUGUGAAGUUUGGAUGUUUGCUUUCAUUUGAAUAACUUUCUACUUUCACCUUUUUGUGUGUUUGAAUAUUUUACAUUAAAAAGGUUAAUUAAUUAUUA